ACUCCUGCAGAGCUCUGUUACACACUUGCAGUCUCAGACCGGGUCUCCCCCCUGAGCAUCAUCUCCACCAUCAGAGAUCCUCCCUUGUGUCUGCGUUCUGCUGGGUGGACGCACGCCCCACAGUCACCAUUUCUGCCCCGGAGAGUUCCAGGCUGGCAGCGCAGCCCCUUCCCAGGCUGAGCAUCGGGCGGAAGACCCUGGUGGCAGCUGCGGUGGGGGUCAUGCUGGUCCUGGUUCUGGUGGUCCUCAUCCCUGUGCUCGUCAGCUCUGUGGGUGCUGGUGGCACAGAUGACAGCGCGAGCCACUAUGAGAUGCUGGGUACCUGCCGGAUGGUCUGCGACCCCUUCCCUAGCACGGGCACCACGGGAACAGGUAUCCACACAGACACAUCAACCAGUGGCUUUUUGGUGGACAAUGAAGAAGACCUAGGUGAUCACAGCAUCGGCCCUCCACUGCCUACAUACAGCGCAAAUAGCCCACAAGGCAAACCUGGACGUCCAGGCAAGCCUGGACCUCCUGGACCUCCUGGAGAACCAGGUCCACCAGGUCCAAGGGGACCACCAGGGGACAGUGGAGACAUGGUUCGAACAGGGAUCCUCGGAGCGGUUAGCACAACCACCUACAACACCACCCCUCGGGUGGCGUUUUACGCAGGACUACGAAACCCCCAAGAAGGCUAUGACAUUCUCCGAUUCGAUGAUGUGGUGACUAACAUUGGAGGAAACUACGAGGGCGCGACAGGCAAGUUCACCUGUAAGAUUCCAGGCACCUACUUUUUCAUCUACAAUGUGCUGAUGAGAGGAGGAGACGGCACCAGCAUGUGGGCUGACUUGAUCAAAAAUGGUCUGGUCAGGGCCAGUGCCAUCGCCCAAGACCAAGACCAGAGUUAUGACUAUGCCAGCAACAGUGUCAUACUUCAUUUGGAUGCGGGUGAUGAGAUUUUUAUCAAACUGGAUGGGGGCAAAGCUCAUGGGGGCAACAGCAACAAAUACAGCACCUUUUCAGGGUUCAUCCUGUACGCUGACUGACGAUUGGGCAGAACAGGAGGCUUGGAGGUGAAAGGUCCCAGCUGGCAGACAUUUACUUCCUGACUUCCACUCGGCAUUCUUGCAGUGAGGUUAAUGUCACAGCCAUUAAUCCACAGUCUUUAAAGUAAUGUAGUGAUGCACGCUGGGGAUUUGUAGUUAUUGCUAAUCUCUUCAUCUGUUUAUAUCCAACAUACAUACUGGGUGCCUAUGCUGCUAACAAUAUGACCAUGUGUCACAUAGGCUGCAGCAACAACUGUGACGGCUCAGAGAGGUCACGCCAUCAUUCCUUAGCUGUCAUGUCAAAUUCGAGUCUGGAAACACCACAGUCGUGGCGGCCUCAGUGUUUCUAAAUAUGCUCUUUGGGUUUAUGUUAAGGUUAUGUUUCUUUUCUUUCACAUGCUGUUUGUAUACUAAAAUGUUUUGCAUCGGUGGAGGAGUCCUGCCUCAAGAAAUUUGUCAAAUAUUGGUCAUAGGAAUUAUAUUAUGAUAUCUGAAUGCCAGAGAGUGUAAGAAAAGGUUUUAUUGUGGUGAUUUAGAAAGCUUGUCAUAUAUUAUGCCUACAUUACAGCUCCUAAAACAUUUAUUGGCAUCCCUGAUGAAGAUGUGGAAAAAGCCUUAAAAUAAAGCCUUGUUUUAAUGCAGUAGCAUAAGGUCACAGAAAAUGCUACAGUCCUCCAACAGCGAGCUUUGGAGGUUUUCCUUUACUUUCCUAGUUGUCUUGUUUUAAACUCGUUUAUUGCUACUACCAUCUCACUGCCUUCCUUAUUUUAAAGAGGGCCUCUGUGUCAUACAUUUACAUCCAAGGAAAACAUUAAUUCAUGGAUCAUAAAUUAAAAACUAUAACCGCAGGAAAGCAGUUAUGAAAAGCAUUCAAGCCUGCUUUAGCAAGUCUAGCCCUUAUGCAAUAACGUCUCUACAAAGGUUGUUUCUCCCUUAGGUUGACUUAUUGGGUUGUUGCCCAAGAAAAAAAAAAACCUAAAAGUCUCUUAAAUCUUAAAAAUGCAUAUACAAAGCUGCAUGCAAAUUUAUUCACUUAUUUUUCUUGCAAACUAAACCUCUCCAUAUUAUAUCACUCUCUAGUGUUGGACAUCUGCCAAAUUUGUUACACUGUUCACUGUUUACCGUGUCUAAUAUUUGACAAACUAACAAUCACUUCAAUUCAAUCAAUUCAAUCUAUUUAGCAACAAGGCUUUGGUCGAACUUGGCUUUCUUGUGUUUUAAGAGUUCAAAUAUUUGGCUUCUCUCUGGAUAGGAUAUGCAAAUUUCUAGGUCAUUAAGGCUGUAAUAUUUUUGUUGAAGGUUUUUUUGGGAUGUAGUAAAAAAAAAAAACACAGGGUCAUGGCCAUGCUUAUCUGAUGCAGAGUCCAUCCAUCCGUUUUCUAUACCCACUUUUUCCGAACAGGGUCACGGGGGAGCAGAUGCCUAUCUCCAGAGGUCUACGGGCGUAAGGCAAGGUACACCAUGGCCAGGGCCCCAUUCGUACCUAAGGACAGUUUAGUGCUACCAAUUAACCUAACAGUUAUAUUUUUUUGGAAUUAGUAUUUUUUUAUUCUAAGUAUGUACUGCAUAAAAAUGCUUAGGGAAGUCCACUGUUUUUUUUAUUUUUAUGGUUUAGGCUGCAGUAUGAGCUUUAUAGGAGUAGAAACAAAAUGGAGGAAAACAGAGUUUCAUGCUGUGCUGGAUGCAUGAACUUUGAAACCCUAAUAAUGAUAAAAAUAUUUGUGGGACCUAGUAUUAUGUCCUAUCAUGGAUCUUUUUGCACAUUGACUAAACUUACUCAAGUUUAAGGUUGAAUUUUUCUACUAAAACCAUCCAUCCAUCCAAUCAAGGAUAUCAAGGACCAUAUCUCAUAACCACGGGAAAGGGUUGGAACAUAGACAGACCAGUAAAUUGAGAAAUUAGCUUUUUGGCCCAGCUCUUUCUUCACCACAACAUACUGCAGCAAUGCAUUACUGUUGAAAAGGCCCUAAUUCAUCUAUCUAUUUCUUGCUCCAUCCUAUCACAACCUGUGAACAAGACACUGAUAUACCAAAGUUCCUUAAUUUGAGGCCAAUCCCCAACCCGAAGGGAUUAAUCCACCUUUAUGUGAUUGAGAACCAUGGUCCCAGGCUUAGGGGAGCUGACUGUCUUGAUGGCUUUACAAUCAGCUGUGAACUACCAGUGAACGCUGAAGGUCAUGGCCUGUAGAUGCAAACCACAUCAACUGCAGCAUGCUAAAUUUAGACCCUGAGGUUCCUAAAACACACACCCCCUAUGAAAUAAUUGAACCCCACAAACAGGAUCCAGGGAAGGGGCAGAACACAACGUUUGCUGAGGUAAAACAGGGACCGCAGAAAGCCCUUCAAAGCAUUCCUAACACCCCAUAAUCCUGCUGCAACCCCAAAAAAUGCCCCAGGGAAUGAGGUUUAAAAAUAUUUUCAAAUCUACACUGUAGUCCAGAGAACCAAACUCCUGUGACAACCCCCUGCCCCCCUCAGUAGCUCCACAAAGGUUAAGAUCUGGUCUGUUGUGCCAUGGCCAAGGCAAAAGCUACACUGCUCCUCCUGUCAGUCAGAGCAUUCCUUUCUAACACCCUAAAGUAAGCUUUUCCAUGGUGUCUGAGUAAGAUUACACAACUGCAAUACAGAUAUUUAUUUUAAGGCUUUUAACAUAUCUUUACCUGAAGUGCCAAUAAAUGUAUAGGGUGCUGUUAUAUUUGGCAUAUUGUACUUGUAUAAAUUGUAAAUUCAAUAUGAAGUCUUUGUAUUUUAACACAUUUAAAGCACUAUUAACCUUGUACAUUAUAUUGUGUUUAUAAUAACAUGAUGUGUGUGUUGAUUGAUGACUGUGUGACUUCACUAUGUAAUGUGCAGAUUUAAUUCUUUGAUCAAUGCAUGCAACUGAAGUUGAAAUGUUUCGUUUCCAUAAAAUGAUAAAUGACCAUUUAAAGCUGUUUUAAAAAGCUAGCCGUGAGCGUUAUUUGCUGCUUUUACUUACAAACUUUAAUUAAAAGAACCACUUUUUUGUAUUUACUCACAUUAUACACAGUUAUUGUCACUCACCUCAUCAGGUUCAAAGAUGAGCCGCUCUGAUCUCCACAUUAAUCUGUGAAACCAGCAUUUAGCCCUCCAAAUGUUACACAAAAAAAAAGAGUCUCAGCAGCACAGCAAGAGGCAAUCAACACAGAGGACAUCACAGCUAUGUUAAAUGCCAAAUGAAGAGGGAGAUUACUGUGAUUCACGAUCAAAGAAGAUAUGUUGUUUUUGGACCCAUGAUAUGGCAGGAGCAAGUAAGAAGACGGGUGUACGGACAGAUCACAACAAAACUCAGAUCUGAGCUGCAAAGGGAUCCAAGGCAAAUUAAGCUCUGCUGUGACUGCAACACAACUGUCAAGCACAAGAAAAUAGCUCUUGGGCAUGAACUGUUGAAACAGUCUGUUUUCUCAAGCGCUUCUUUGACAAUAUGAAAUUCUUUGGACACGGUUCACCUUUGACAUGGGCCACCACACUGCCCCUUGUCCAGAUUGAAACAAAAAGUUCAAAUUUCAAAUGUAAAAUGUGAGGCAGAUGUUUAGACUUGGAAACAAAGGAUUGAUUCAGUGCAAUAACAUUAAAAACUGGUUAGAAUGAUAAAAGGGGACAGGAUCACCACAAUGAGGUCUACUGUCUUGGCUGUUAUCUCUUUAACUACUCUGUGCAUUAAGAGCCAAGAAGCCUUCCGGUUUAAACUGAAGCUUGUCUUAAGACAGCAAAAAAGUCCUCCAGACACAAUUAAGACUGAAGUUUAGUGCAUAGGCAGAGGUCAACGGAGCCACGUGGUUGUAUAGUAUGCCACGCCAGCACAGGCUGCUUUCUCCUUGCAGGGUGUAUGAGCACAUCGUCACAUUAGAGACUUCAUGUCACAACGUCAAAGACAAACGCCCCCAGUUGUGGGAGAAGCCAAGCUCUCGCUGCCGAGGCACUCGGAUGCGUGGGUGCCCUCAAUGUCUGCAACAUCUGUGCAUUUUCUUGAAGUCUUUGAGUGACAUGAGUGCAUCAACAUCAAGAGACCGCAAAUGCUGAACACAUCAAUGAAUUAUUGUCUGAACAUUCAUCCGCAAAAAGAAAAAUGUUUCUGAAAUCUUUAUGAAAGCAAUCAAGAGAUGGAAUAGAUUGAUAAACAAAAGUAAUAACUAUAUACUUGCAUGGAUUAAAAACUACAUAUAAUGCUG